ACAGAGUGGAAUGAGAGAAUGCGAUGCGCUUUCACUACGAGGUUGACAUAGGUUGACACGUCAGGAGACGGCCAUGGUGCUCAUGAAAUAAAGCUCCGCGUUUGUCGUCUGGGUGUGGCCGGACGCAACCCAGGACCGAAAAAGUUACUGUGACCUGCUGUCGCAACUAUCGCACCCGUAGACAUGGCUUCGCAUACGCAAGCACCUUCCCGUAAAGAUGAUCGAUCAACGCAGCUUCCACACGGCGAAGGCACGGAGCAGCCAGCUGCUACUCUGACCGAUGAGCAAGUAGAGCAGGCAGCAUCCAUUUUACGUAUUCCUCCCUCGACACUUUUUGCAGCCUUACGUACUCCUCUUGUCAGGGACAGGGGUCUAGGUCACCCUUUACACUCUCAUGCACCAACACCAGGACAACCGCUACUCUCAUUCCGGAGUCCUCAGGAUGACACUAUCCCUGCAACUGACUCGAUUGUUUGGGCAAAUGAGUAUCCAAGAGCAAUCUAUGCACCUUCCGGAGGGUUCCCGCGCUCAUUCGAUGCUCCUUUGCCUGCUGCUAACCUGUCGAACGAUGCCAACUCGUUCACCUGGGGCGAUAUCCUUGCGCCCAUCUCUCACGAGGCAGUCCCAUGCACUACGGAUGCGGCCGAGGCCGGACAAACAUACCUCUCAUAUAAACCUAUUUCUAUAGCUCAAGAGACGAGACCGGAAACCUUCCCAGACGAUGGCGUUGUUACUGGCCGUAUCAUGGAACUCCCGGAUUCUAUUGAGGAGAGCAGCAACCCGACACAGGCCCUGGCUCUUCCACUCUCAGACGCAGUAAUCAUAUCGCCUAAGACUCCUUCGUCUUCUACCGUCCAAGAUGCACCAAGCGGCCCGUUUGGAGCGGCAGCCACUCCUGCGAACACUAGCGUGCUUGAGAGCGAAAAGCAACUAGUGGCCAAUGCAAUGUACGGGCCUUGCAGCUAUACCUGGAGACUCCCCACGAAAGCAAGAGGUGGUCGAGAAGCGACUGGGCAAGCGCCUGGGAAACGAAAGCGACAGAGCGAGAACGAAACCCCUCGGCCCCGUCAAAGAGGCCCGUUCCAGGACUCUGCAGCACGACAAAAUGCCGCAUUGACGCGGCGGCUCAAAGCCUGCAUCCGGUGUCAGCUCCAGAAGAUCUCGUGCAAGCCCGAUCCGAAUAAUCCUUCCGGCUCGUGUCUCACUUGUCCUCAAACAGAAAGUCGUGGGUUGACGAAGCAGAGAUGCUUCCGAUACAGGAUCACGGACGCCUCGCUGUUCCGCGACCAAAAACGGCCGAACCCGAUCUGGACGAAAAGAUGGGAUAGCAUGGACAUCAAAGACAUCACAACAUGGAAAUCAUCAAACAUGAAGACAAUCCAGCUCACUCACGGGCUGGGUGAUGUUCGUUACACCCUCCGACUCCGCGAAUUUCAGCCCCUUGAGGGAGACAUGCUGUACGAAGAAUGGUGGAACGGACACGUGCUCAAGAAGCAUCCCAUCCCGCCUUUCGCUAUUGCCAACAUGAGCGAAGCUGCUUCAGAGCUCAACAGAUACGUCGAAAACGCCAUUGCGCCCUUCAUUAUUGGCGCCGUAGGGCACUCGGAUCCGCUUAUUUGGGAGACGUACGAGAUGGCUGUCAAACAUGCAUGGACUUCUCCGAGAGAUGAAGAGAGAGGUCUCCUGAAGAAUGUCCUUCGACUUUGGGUGACAUCAAGGAUGACUAGCCUUUACGAGAAGAUUUGCAGCGAGGAGAAAGUUGGCACUGUGGUCGAGGAUGCGGCCAGCCCGUUAUAUGGAACCGUGCCUGUUGCCCCGGUGAUUUGCGCACAGCUGGAAGUCAUCACCUUCUCAACCCUGCAACGGCCGUUGAAAGAGCGUGUCCUGAAAGCUCUUGAGAAUAUGCUCAGAGCAAACGACCGCCGCAACUGGCUGACCAUCUAUCUCACGCUGUUUAUCCUGCUGCAUAGCUGCUCAAUGACUACAUUCCGCGACGCUGAAUGGGCAAGGCAGAUGAACUACCCGACCAUGUUCGCGAACCCGGAGAGUAUCACUGCCCACCAUGUAGGGAUGCUGACCAUGCUCGCUUUCUUCCACUACUGUAAUCGCAACAAUCACCCAUUCAAAUUAGCACAAGAUCCUAACAAAGCAUCCGAGCUGCUUGCUGUGGGAAUUACGCCGGAGCAAGUUGAGUUCAUCAGGAAGACUGCCGGCUGGAUUGCGCAGAAACGGAACCACAUUGAGCACACAAGACAAGCGAGAGAUUAUGGUGAUCAUUAUUACUUUACAUCUCAGCUGUACGAUGAGGAUUGGGAGCCCACGCCGAUUGCGUGACUCACAGGAAGAGAAAAUUUGGCGUUACUGGUGUCAUUCAAUUGCUGUCGUUACUGUACGUUAGGAUAUUACUUAAGAAAAAAUAACUGGAUAUC